GAUUCCAUAAAUACGGCCUUGCGCAUUCGUGGCGAAAUAAUCAAGGUUGGCUGUCAAAGUCGGCCCGCGAAAAUGUCGAGGAUACUUAAAAACUCGUUGGUGCAGUCAGAAACGCGCUACCAGCUAUUGGCCACUGUGAUCGUGAACAUUAUCACCUUUGCCCACGGAGUGGGCGUGGGAUGGCUCUCACCGACCUUGACCAAAAUAUCGAGUUCCGAUUCCCCACUGAAUUUUCCCGUGAACAUCGAUGAAGUAUCCUGGCUGGGCUCCAUGCUCGGUCUGGGCAGUUUGUUUGGGAACUUGACUAUAGCCUUGUUGAUCGAGCGGGCUGGACGGAAGUUUUGUAUUUACUUGCUGGCAGGUCCUUAUGCUUGCAUUUGGAUAUUAAUUUACUGCGCCUCGAAUGUGUAUUUUCUGUAUGCAGCCCGUUUCCUUUGCGGGUUUACAGGAGGAGCUGGUUAUGUGGUAGUCCCCAUUUUUAUAAGUGAACUGGCCGAUAGCAGAAUUCGAGGUGCUCUUACCUCCAUGGUGAUGUUAUCUGUCGAUCUGGGAAUUCUAGCCGGCUACAUACUGAGCACUUAUCUAGCUUUCCACAUCGUUCCCUUCUUGGCCAUUAUCUUGCCCGUGGCCUACUUUAUAGCCACUUUUAUGCUACCCGAAACAGCGCCCUACCUUCUGAAGCAUCACCAUUUCACAGCGGCUGAAAAAUCAUUCAGAUACUACCGAAAUCAGAGGAGUGCCAUCUGCGAGGAAGCCUCCAAGGACGAGUUCGAGGAGCUGCGCACAGCUGUGUUGGCCCAGCAAACGAAAAACUCGACACCCCUCAGUUACAAAGAUCUCACAUCCAAGCCAGCUCUAAAAGCCUUCGCAGCGUCUGUCGUCCUCAGCAUGGGUUACCAGUUCAGUGGUGUCUUCAGUUUCAUCAACUACAUGUCCGACAUCUUCAAGGCAUCCGGAUCGAUAGUAGAUGUCAAUACUGGAACCAUUAUAAUAGGGGUAGUCCAAAUAAUUGGCGUCUACACCUCCACAAUCCUGGUGGACAUCGUGGGACGACGCCUUCUCAUGUUGAUUUCGACGUUGGGAGUGGGAAUCGGCUGCAUUGCCUUCGGAUGUUUCACUUUAAUUGGCGAAAGCUACGAUCUCAGUGACCUGAACUGGCUUCCUCUGGUCUUAAUGAUUUUUAUUUGCUAUUUGGGCAACAUAGGCCUGAUUGGAAUCUUCUUCCUCGUCUUGGUGGAACUCUUUCCGACAAAGAUCCGUUCUAUAGGCACUUCCAUAUCGGUUCUGUUUUUGAGUGUUCUGGUUUUCGGCAGUUUGAAGAUAUUUCCUCUGAUGUUGCACUAUUGGGGGAUUUCGUACACCAUGUGGUUUUCAGGAGUUUCAGGACUGCUAACGUUUCUAUACUUCUGGCUGUUCCUGCAGGAAACCAAAGGAAAGUCCAUGAUUGAAGACUAAAUGAAAUUAAAACCAAUUUUUGUUUCAGUUAUCAAUAAUAGUGUACAUUUAAAAUAGAUAGUUCUUCUUUAAUUUUAAUAUACUAGGAAAUUAAAUGUUUAGUAUUAAGUACUAUUACUCUUCAAAUUUCAUUUCUGGUAUCUUAACUGAUAGAAAGUUUCUAGAAUGGCACAAAUAAUCUAACUUUUAUAAACCUAAUAAUUCUAUAGUUAUAAAAUAACCAAAUAUAGUAAAAAGCUUGAAUAAAAUGCUAUAUAGAUAAGUA